GAAAAACUUCAAUAGAGAAAGAAAAGUUCAGUUGACUGUCCACUUAAUUCCGGUGGAGGCCAUAACACAGGAUCCAUCCCUUCCCCACACCUCUCAUCAGCGGCCGAUUCCUCGAAAAUGCCGAAAGAAAGCGGCAAACACUCGAAAACCUGCGUCGUAUUGGGCGGCCGGGGAUUUAUCGGCCGCGCAUUGGUGGAUCGUCUCCUCAAACUCGGUAAUUGGAACGUCCGAGUCGCCGAUUCUCACAAGUCUCCGGAGCUCAAGCCGUCAGAGCCGCUCCUGACCGAUGCGAUCGCAUCCGGCCGUGCCGCUUAUUUCCAGGUUGAUGUGCGUGAUAAAUCUCAAAUCAUGGAAGCUUUGAGGGGUGUAUCAGUUGUAUUUUUUACUGACUCUAUGGAUUUAUUUCCCCAAGAUUUUUAUCUUUGCUACAAAGUAAUCGUUCAAGGUGCAAAGAAUGUAGUGAAGGCUUGUCGAGAAUGCGGAAUUAAACGGCUAAUAUACAACAGUUCUGCUGAUGUAGUUUUUGAUGAUGUCCAUGACAUACGUGGCGGAGAUGAAUCCUUGCCAUAUUCUGGGCAUUUCUGGGAUAUGGUUGCUGACCUUAGGACUCACGCUGAGGCACUGAUAUUGUCUGCAAAUGGCACUGACGACCUCUUAACUUGUGCACUUCGUCCUUGCAAUGUAUUUGGACCUGGAGAUCCACAACUCAUUCCCUUGCUGGUGAAUAUGGUAAAAUCCAAUUGGGAUAAGUUUAUUAUAGGAAGUGGAAACAAUCUGUCGGACUUCACAUAUAUUGAUAAUGUUGCUCAUGCCCACAUCUGUGCUGAAGAAUCUCUGGGUGCUCAGAUGGAUACCGUGUCUGGCAAGGCCUUCUUUAUAACGAAUCUGGAGCCAAUGAAUAUUCGGGAAUUUGCAUUUAAUUUCCUAGAGCGCUUAGGCUACCCGAGGCCUUUCAUUAAUAUCCCGACUCACGUAUCUGAGCAUAUAUUUUCUUUUAUAAAAUUGCUUCAUCGGAAGUCAGAUUCCAAAAGGCUUGAUCCAUUCGUCUCUAUUUACAAGAUAGCUUCAUGCACAAGGACAUUUAGUUGUCUUGCUGCUCAGGAACAUAUUAAGUACUCACCAGUUGUUUCCCAGAAGGAAGCGAUGAGACUAACUGUUGAUUCAUUCUCCGAUUUGUCCGUAGAGCCAGCUUUUAUGAGAUACGGAUGCAGCGAUGAACCAUCCAAAAUAGAAAAGCAGUUAGGCGGUGGACAAGUUGCAGAUAUUUUGCUGUGGCGUGAUGAGAAGAGGACCUUUAUAUGUUUUGCAUUGCUUGGUUUUAUGUAUCACUGGUUUUUCCUGUCUGGGAAUACUUUUAUUUCAUCUCUUGCCCAACUGCUACUGCUAACCAUCGCGUUGCUUUGUGGGCACCAUGUUCUAUCAUCAUCUGUAUAUGGAACCACAAUUCCUAGAUUACCAUCAUCACGUUUUGAGAUCUCAGAAGUUGAUGUGAGAAGCCUUUUCUUCGCGAUGAAAUGCAUGUGGGAUAAGGUGGAAUUCCUAAUCAAGUCAUUGGCUCAAGGAGAAGAUUGGUUUAUCUUUUUAAAGGUUGCAUGUUUCAUGUAUGUUUUCAAGUGGAUUGUUUCUCAGUACUUGGUCCAGGCCAUUGGUAUUGCUUUGGUCUUUGUGUUCAGUUUGUGUUUCGUGUACGAACAAUACGAGGAAAAAAUAGACGAGAUAGCAGUAAUUGUAUACACGAUUGCCAGUAAGUUAAUUAUCUUGCUGGCUAGCAAAUUGCCAAAACCUAACUCUAGCUAUAAUCCUUUGACGAGAAGGGAUCUAAAUGUAGGUUGUUAGAUGGCAGGCAAUAAGAUCUUCGUCGUCCCUGUGUUUUUGUAACCUUAAGCUUGUAACUCUAUAUAACCAUUUUUGUAGAUAUGUAGUGUAAAUUAUUUACAUUAUUACAAUGAUAUACUACCACCAUAGAUAUCCUAAGAUUUGCAUCUCUUGCUCGAAUUUGAGGUGCUGGUAGUAUAUUUCUUUGGAAAUGUUUUGCAAAUAGUGAAUAGUACAAAUAGUUAUUCCAUUUUA